AUGGAUUCUCAGAUCAACGAGCUUCUCGAAUAUUUCCCGGGGAUGCCGCCUCGGGUAGUAUGGAUCCGACCACCGGCCAAGCGCAACAACUGGCUCCUGAUGCCCUCGGAGAUUAUCCUGCACGUCUUUGAGGAGCUCAUCACCGUGGAGGACAUGUGGGCGAUGGCGUGCACGUGUCGCCGCUUCUGGGCCGUGUUCCGCACGCACGGCCCUUUGAUCCUCGAGAUGGUCCUCGAGGACGACACGCACCCGUGGGUGCGCAACGUGAUGCACGCGACCUUCAACGUGCUGGCCUACGACUCGGCGCACUGGACCUACGAGCAGCUGCGGCACCUGGACUCGCACGUGCCGCGCGAGCCGCUGUCGGGCCUGGCAAGUCCGGAACUCGUCCGGCGCUUCGUGACGCGCGCGCGGCAGAUCCACGCCAUGGCGCACGUCAUCCUCGAGCGCUGCAUGGCCGAGCUCUGGACCCUCGAGGACCGGCUGCGGCCCGGGGACCCGCUCGACGAGUGCCCCGAGCUGGCCUGGUACCUGGACCGCGAGGCAAACCCGGUCGAGGAGACGCGCGCCGUCAUGGGCCUCUGGCUCUGCGAGCUGCACUUCGUGCUGACGGACGCCGCCCGGGAUCCGCGACAGGCGUGGGUGGCGCGCAUGUUCCAGUCGGCGCCGCUGGCCAACCGCGGCGUCUUCUCCUUCUUCCGGCGGACCUGGCUCGGCACGCUGCUGACCCUGUGGCACGGCAUGAUGUCCGCGCGGCACGCACCCGGGGAGCUCGACCGGAUGCUCCUGCUCAACGGCGACGCGCCGCUCCCGGCGCGCAUGUGCGUGCUGCGGCUGCCCCGGGGCAGCCUCGACAAGGGCUUCCGCUGCGAGGCGGAGCUGCCCAACUACAGCACCUGGGACGUGCGGGCCAUGUUCGCCAUGUCGGAGAUGUCGAGGGCGAUGCGGGCGCGGCCGCUGAUGAACCUAUUCUUCGAGAGCCUGCGGGCGGUGGCGCCGCGCCGCGACGACCCGCUGCACGCCCUGCCGCUCCAAGCGUACAUCAAGUUCGGCGUCUUCCACUGGGACCACGACAAGCUGGACAGCAUCAGCCUGCUUCCCGAUGGCGAGGUCAGCCGCGAAGAGCUGUUCAAGUACUGGAGGAGCUUCCUGCGGCCGGAGCUGAUUGUGGCGUACGCUGCGCGGCAGGCCGCCGCCAAGGCCACAUACUGGGCAAAUGUCGAACUAAUGGUGGCGCGCGGCGAGCCCGUGCCGGAGCCGCAGGAUGAUGCAGUCUACAGGCUGCACACGGAGGAUCCCCCAACGGAGGGUGAGGGCGAGGAUGAGGCCGAGCCGGAUGACAUGGAGGAGGAGGAGGAGGAGGAGGAGGAGGAGGGUUUCUAG